AUGGUUCUCCACAACCCAAACAACUGGCACUGGGUGAUGAAAGAUGCUGGACAAUGGGCCAAGGACUAUAUAGAGACAGAAAGCAAGAAAGUUUCGGCAGAACAAGAUGGCGUUUCCGCCCAGAUCACGAAAUUGGUGUCCAUGGACGGUGAUGUCGAGGUGAGCCAGAGAAAGGGCAAAGUCAUAACGAUAUUCGAUGUUGUAUUACAACUUGAAUAUGAAGGCAAGACAUCGGACGGUACAGACGUCAGUGGUAGCAUUCGGGUUCCGGAGUGCGCAUACGACACGGAACCAGACGAGUACGUUUUCGAGAUAGACAUUUACUCGGAAACGAAAGAGAAACAACCAGUCAAAGAUCUAGUAAGGUCGAAACUCACCCCGGAACUCCGAAAGGUCUUUUCAAGCCUCGGACCUGCCUUGAUUAAAGAGCACGGAAAGGAUCUACAACACACCCCUGGUUCCAAUCCCUCGAGCGGUUUCGCAACACCGACAUGGCACCCCGAGAGAGAACGAACCCCUCUUCCCUCUAACACCACGACCACAACCACCACCGGCAAAUCCUCUGUCAACACCACCACUGUAACGGCCACGGAUGAGUUCCGAACAACAGCAGAAGAGAUGUUCCAGACAUUUACCGAUCCCCAACGUCUAGCGGCGUUCACUCGAGCCCCUCCCCGACUGUUCGAAGGUGCCAAACCAGGUGCCAAAUUUGCCAUUUUCGAUGGCAACGUCUCGGGAGAAUUUGUAACGCUCGAACCUCCGAAGAAGAUUGUGCAAAAGUGGAGACUAGCACAAUGGCCGGAAGGGCAUAUGAGUACGCAAGAGAUAUUCUUUGACCAGAACGAUGUCGACCGAGUGACCAAUAUGCGAGUCACCUGGACUGGAGUUCCCGUGGGACAAGAAGAGGUGGUCCAACGGAACUGGGAGGGAUAUUAUGUGCGCAGUAUUAAACAGACAUUUGGAUUCGGAACUAUUCUUUGA